AAAGGAGAGACAGAUAAGAGUGUGAAGGAGAAAAAGAGAGAGAAAUCUGGAGAAGAAAGAGAAACAACCAUGGAAUUGGUAUUGGAAUCUCGAUCGGGUCAAGCAUCCACAAGCUCCAUAGCGAAGGUCUUUUCUUCCUUUUUCCUCUCCUCCAUAUCUCAAUCUCUCCUGCAACUACUUCUGCUUCUUUUGUCUUUCUUUCUUUCUUUCCAAUUUCUUCAGAUUUCUAGGAUUACGCUUUUGAUUUGAUCCUUCUGGUUCGUGUAAUUGUAUCUUUUUUUUUUUUUUUCAAAUCUUAUCAGUUCAAAUUCGAUUCCGGGUCUAUAAUUUGUGGAGAAAUACUUGAUCUUAUUGUUCUUGUCUCUGUUGAUGUGGUUUUAUUUUCUGCUUGUGAACUGUAACUGAUUAUUACAAUCCGUUCUGGUACAAUUCCCUCUCUUUCGAACCGAUUCUGCUCCAGUUUCGCAUAAUUUUAAUGGAUAGGCUUAUCUCUUUUUGCGAAUAAGCCGGUCUCGAGAUCCGUGGAUUCUUUUCCUUAUCUGAUCUUUGUGGUGAGCUUUCUGACGGAAAAAGGCCGUAAUUUAGAAGGUUGAGUGUUUUCGCGGAAAAAUUCUUUCUUCUUUCCAUCUUUGGGGCUUCUUUUUUUUUUUUUUUCACAUUUCUGCUCUUGUGGAAAAAGUUAUUAUUUUGGACUUUUUCGAAUUUGCGAUUUGGGAAAUAAAAUAAAGAAGACAAUUGAACAGUGGAAUUUCGUGCGCUGCACUUUAAGACCGACCCCAAAAAAGGUUUGCUUUUUCAAAAUUCUGUGUGCUGCAGUUUUGUCUUUUGGGUGAUUGAGUUUGGAUCUGAUUCGAUCCAAAGUUCUGUGUUUCUGGGCAAUUUUUUUUUCCCCCUAAUUUUGAAGUUGUUCAAUUCAAUUCGAGAGCUCGAAGAGUGUCAGAUUGCUUUUUGCUCGGUGUUAGUUAGAGCAAAAGUGGAGUUUCAGAUUUGUUUCUGACGGAUCCUCCCAUUGAAAACAAGUGCUGUUGUUUUUUUGCUGUUCUGGAGUGCCUACUGAACAUUAUCAGGGCCCUGAGGAUGGGGUCCUGCUUAUCGGUUGAUGGGAGGAGUGGGCUCCCUGGUUCGCCGCCUUCUGAGUCGAAGAGGAAGAACGGAAGGAGGAGGCGUGGGAUGCGAAGUUCUUCGUUCGAUUACAAGAGGGAUGAGCAGCUGCGUAGGAUUCCAGGGAGAAUGUUCUUGAACGGGGCUAACGAAAUUGCUUCUCUGUUUACUCAACAGGGCAGGAAAGGAACCAACCAGGAUGCCAUGAUUGUUUGGGAGAAUUUUGGUUCAAGAACGGACACAGUCUUCUGUGGUGUUUUUGAUGGCCAUGGUCCCUAUGGCCAUAUGGUUGCAAAAAGAGUGAGAGAUUCUCUUCCAUUGAAGCUAAGAGCCCAUUGGGAAGUAAAUAUGGGCGGCGAUGAAGUGUCCAUAGAACUCAGCGGCAGUGCCUUGGGAAGCAUGAAUUCUGAAGAUACUUCCUUUUUAUGUCUUGAUGAGGAAUCCAAGGAAUCUAUAGAUCUUGAAGAGAAGGAGAAGCACCCAGAUAUUUUUUUUACACUGAGAGAGUCAUUUCUAAAGGCUUUCAAAGUUAUGGAUAAGGAACUGAAAUUGCACCCCAAUAUUGAUUGUUUCUGUAGUGGGACAACUGCAGUCACCCUGAUCAAGCAGGGUCAGGAUCUUAUUAUUGGAAAUGUUGGGGACUCUAGAGCCAUACUGUGUACAAGGGAUCAAGAUGAAACACUUAUUGCUGUUCAGUUGACCGUGGACCUCAAACCAAAUCUUCCAGUGGAAGCUGAGCGGAUUAGGAAAUGUAAAGGGAGGGUUUUCGCCCUUCAGGACGAGCCUGAGGUUGCUCGAGUGUGGCUGCCUCACAAUGACUCCCCUGGCCUGGCAAUGGCCCGGGCUUUUGGGGAUUUCUGCCUCAAGGAUUUUGGUUUGAUCUCUGUGCCAGAGAUAUCUUAUAGACGCCUCACGGAGAGGGACAAAUUUGUAGUGUUGGCUACAGAUGGGGUCUGGGAUGUGCUAUCAAACAAAGAAGUUGUAGACAUAGUGGCAUCAGCGCCAACACGUUCUACAGCUGCUCGAUCCUUGGUCGAGUCAGCAGUUCGUGCAUGGAAAUACAAAUACCCAACCUCCAAGAUUGAUGACUGUGCGGUAGUGUGCCUCUUCCUCGACUCUGACUUGGACAAUUCCAGCCCCUCCAUCUCCAAAGCAAAAUCACAGUUGACCUCGUUCAACCAACAUGAGAGUAGUCAUGAGAAACAACAGCCUCAAAGCCCAGGUGGUCUGAAUCGAUCAGGAACAGUACGAGCAGGUUCUGAGAUCCAGCCAGAGGAAGAAGAGGAGGAAGAAUCCCUAAAUGAAGCUACAAGGCUAAUGGGGAUAGGAGACGAGUGGUCUGCUUUGGAAGGUGUCUCAAGGGUGAACACACUGUUGACCCUACCAAGGUUUAAUGCUGGACAUGAGGAUAAAAAGCACACUGGAGGAACAAAGACUCGGAAAUGAUUGAAGGUAUUAAAUUUGGUUUCAGUUUCUUGGUCAUAUAUCAUCACAGAAAUUGUGAAGCAUCACCAAAAUCAUAUCUAUUUUCCAUUUUUUUUUGCCCUGUUUAAUUUAUUUAUGAUUUCCCUUGCUACAGAGAGGGAAGUGUUUGUAGGGGGUGUCAUUUAUUUAUUUUGGUUAGGAGAGGUGGGCCGGGCUUUAUUAGCGUGUCUGGAGAAUCCUCCUUUCUCUCUCUCUCUCUCUCUCUCUCUCUAUUAUAUCUGUGGGUAGAAAUGAAAGUUCUGUAAAAUUUUUACCGUCCAUGUUGUUUUGGUUUUUCCUUGGUGGUCUGGGGCUUCUUAUCUUUUUUGUUUUUUUUUUGUUUUUGGUUGGGAGUAGCGUUAUUUCUCACUGUUAUAUUGAUAAUAAUUUUGUGAUAUUGAAGCCUCAUGCAGAAUUUGCAUGGACUGUGUUGAACAGGCAUCUUUUGUCCAUAAUUACUGGUUUUCCAUGGAGGAUGUAUUUGUUUCAAUGCAAAGUAAAGUGAUUUAUAGUUUGCUGGUGAAGCUCA